GUGACAGUGACAUUGACGUCAGCCGGAGGCAGGCGGUGUGGCUGGAGUCUCCGCCGGAGCCCGAGCCGUAUGUGAGAAAUCUGCUGCGUCCGGGGCUGCUCGCUCGUUCGCUCCUUUGCCGCCGCGCUUCCUCCGCCGAGAGCAGCCGGAGCAUGGCGCAUUAGAGAGAAGAAUUGCAUUUCUGCGGGGCGAGAUAAAAUCCUGAUACCACCAUGGGAAAACAGAACAGCAAGUUACGCCCAGAAGUGAUGCAAGAUUUGCUAGAAAGCACAGACUUUACUGAACAUGAGAUCCAGGAAUGGUACAAAGGCUUUCUCAGAGACUGUCCAAGUGGACAUUUGUCCAUGGAGGAAUUUAAGAAAAUCUAUGGGAAUUUUUUUCCUUAUGGGGACGCUUCUAAAUUUGCUGAACAUGUGUUCCGUACAUUUGAUGCAAACGGCGAUGGAACAAUAGAUUUCAGAGAAUUUAUCAUAGCUUUGAGUGUAACGUCCAGAGGGAAACUGGAGCAAAAGCUGAAGUGGGCAUUCAGUAUGUAUGACCUGGACGGAAAUGGAUACAUCAGCAAAGCAGAAAUGUUAGAAAUAGUCCAGGCAAUCUACAAGAUGGUUUCUUCAGUUAUGAAGAUGCCAGAAGAUGAAUCAACACCAGAGAAAAGAACUGAGAAAAUCUUUCGCCAGAUGGAUACCAACAGAGACGGAAAACUUUCUCUGGAAGAGUUCAUUCGAGGAGCCAAAAGCGACCCAUCUAUUGUCCGUCUCCUUCAAUGUGAUCCCAGCAGUGCUGGACAGUUUUAAAACUGAUGUUUAUUAUUACUUUGUGUCUUUCUGGUUUGUUUCUUUUGUCUCAUAUAUCUCUUCACCAGAACAACAUUCAUGGGUGUUGCCUUUUUAAGGCUACCUUUGCCUUCUUUUGUGGCAUUAUCUGCUUUCCUCGUGGCCAGCCAUGAAGAUGUUGUGCUUACAGUCUCUCUAAAAUGCAUCCCGGAUUACAGAGAGUGCAACUGUCACAACAGUGUCCUUUUUCAAAUUGUAAUUAUUUGUGGCCUGUGUGCCACUGAGUAUGAAUAGGACUUACUUCCUAAUUGGGUUAAUUGCCUUAAGUCUUGUCUAGUUUGCCAAUUCCAAACUGGUUCCAAAACUCUGUAAGAUCUGAGGCACAUGUGGAGAAGACUGAAGUCAGCCAAUAAUUGCCAUCAAUCAAUCAAAUCUUUAUUACGGUCAAAGACCAGCAUAAGGAGGAUGGAAUACAGUCAAUUAAAAAGCAUAGAACAUACAUAAAGUAAUUGUAAAAAAACCCCCAAAAACUAUAAAACAAAGUAUAUAUAAAAACAGAAGAUUUAAAGAAAUCUUAACAGGAGGGGUAGAAGCAUUAAAUGGGUGUAGGGAGCAUGAAGGACAGUGUGGCAAACUCAAUCUACCAUAGUAAAGAGCAUUCUUGUAUAAUGAACUAAAUGCUCCUUAUUAUUAGUUUAUGGAACAUCUGAUGGAUGUUCAGCAGUGGUGCACAGAACCUGACAAUAUAUGUUACAGCAAGGUUAGCAUCUGAAAGCAGCAGGAAGGGGUAAAAUAGUAUUGUGCACUCCGGAUAUGUAUGCAAUAGUGGAGAGAUAAUGCUAAUAUGAAUGUCUUUGCAAAAGAGGCAGAGGACAAGUAUAUGCUCUGUUGUUUUUGUGUGUCCAGUAGCACAGAGACAUCAUCUCUCUGGAUAGGAAAUCUUACUGUAUUGGCUUUCAAAGACAGCUGAGGGACAUCAAUCCAGAGUAAAAACUCUACAUUCAUUAGGUACUUCAAGUUUGGUUAGGUAUGCCAUUGGGGAGUACCUGCCAUCUUCACUGGCAGUAAAGAUUGGGGACUUGGCUAGAUCCAGAUGGUGCUACAUUCCAUUUAAUGAGUGUCUUGUCCCCAAUAGCUACCAUGUACCUUCCAAUAUUGGGGAAUGCCAAACAAGAUUUUUUUAAAAUGUCAUUCUAGUGAAUAAAGAGGCCAGUGAUCUUGGGGGGCUUAAUACAUUUGCCAGGGAGAGUGUGCUAAUGUUUACAUGAGAUCUGGGGUUAAGAUACCUUAUGUACAAAUUUCUGUUACCAUAUGAGAUUAGACACAGGCUGUAUUAUUCGCUACACAUUUUCCUUAAAGGUAUUGAAAAAUAGCUUAUGCUAGGACUUAGGGUUAAAUUCGUAGCUGUGAGAAGUACAUGAAGAGCCAGUUUGGUCUAGUAGCUAAACUGCUAGAUUAGAAGCCGAGAUACUAGAUAGUUCUGCCUUAGACAUGGAAACCAGCUGGCUGACUCUGGACCAAUCUCUCUCACACUUAGAAAGAAAGCAUUGGCAGGCUACUUCUUAAAAUGUUGCCAAGACUUAUCUCUGUAGUCAUCAGGAAUCAGGGUUAUUUCAAUGGACCAUAACAGCAACAGAAGCACUACUACUGUUGAAGAAAUCAAUGCAAAUCUUAUUUUCCAAUAGAGAAGCCAAGAUGGUAAAUUAAAUAUGUGCAUUCAUUCUAAGAAAUCCUUAGUGAUUAGUAUAUGAGGUAUGAAAUCCCUUUUCUAAAUGAUGGUGAUUUCAAUCCUCCAGUCUGAAUGUUGCAACAAAGGGACCAAUGGCACCAUGGAGCUAAAUUUAAGUAAUACACAAUUAAUGUUUUGUCUGCAAAGCUGUGAACUAUAACAGAAUUAAUGAUAAGAAAUAACUAACACUAGCCUAUGCCUGUACCCUUCAGAGAUGCCAUACUAUUUGUAAAAUUAUAGAAAAUAAUGGGUUUGUACAGAUUAUAUUAAUAUUUCCGCUAUUUUAAAAAAACCAACCAGAUUUCUACAAAUGAAAUUCCUUAUUCUUAAAUAGAGAUUCAUUUAGAGAAAAGGCAGAGGAGAAUUAUAUUUUAUUUAUCAUUAUCUUGUUUAUCAUUUAGCAUCUUGAAUCAGGAAGUCAUUGUGCACGUUGAGAACUUGAGCUGAAGAAAACUGAGUUAAAUAUUGAGACUAAUUUAUGCCAUUAGAGGAGAAUGAAGGCACUUUUUUUAAUCUGAAAGGCCUCUAGCUUUGAAGAACUUCAGGAAAAUGAGAGGAUUUGGUGAUAAUAGAAUAUUGUACCUGCAUGUUACAGAGCCUUAUUUUGUUUGUACUUAGUUGAGGAGAAUCGGUAGUUCCAAUAUAAUUGAAAACAUAUUUUCUAAGCAUGUAACUUUGCUAAGAUAGAUUUGCAGAGUAGAAAUAAAGCAGGCAGGAAAGACAUGGUUAUACACGAUCUUUUGCCACGCCAAAGCCAUUUCCCUCUUUAGCUUCAGUCUUGAAGCUUGGCUUUUAGAAAAACAAUAGAAAUGGGAAACAGGGCAUUGUUCCAGGGAAGAAUUAGAGAUCUGGAAGUACAUGCAAAAAGGAGAAUCAGCUGGCAGGGAAGACAUCUAUAUAUUUAACCAUUUAGGCACCAGCCAGGUUUUCCUCUUCAAAUAUCUUGCCAAGGCAAUUUCCUCCAUCAUCAAUGAUUUUGGAGCCCCAUUGGCACAAAAAGAGCAGAAAGGAAAUAUUGUAAUGGAGAAUUGGAAGGGGUUAACAUUGCUGUGGUGUUGCAAUUCCCUUUCUUACAUAAUAGUAGCAUUUGCUUUGUAACAUGUAGUUUUGCUCAAGUUCGAAUGGAAAAGGGUUCAAAGAAAUUGCAUUAUUUACUGUAAGCACUUGACACCCAAGGAGGAGAUUGAUGUGACUGCAUUUCAAGUUCUGGAGUGGCAGAGAAAGAAUUCUUCCAAGGUAGAUUCCCUACCUCAAUCAUUUUCAUACCCCAGAAGUAACUUGUAAAAUUUAUGCACAGUCACGCAUGCCCUAGUCACUUCUCGCCUGGACUACUGUAACGCUCUCUACAUGGGGCUCCCCUUGAGGAACACCCGGAGGCUCCAACUGGUCCAGAACGCGGCCGCGCGGGUGAUUAUGGGAGCGACUUGGUGCUCCCAUAUAACACCUCUCCUGCGCAAGCUGCACUGGCUUCCAGUGGUCUUCCGGGUGAGCUUCAAGGUAUUGGUUCUCACCUUUAAAGCGCUCCAUGGCUUAGGGCCAGGGUAUUUACGAGACCGCCUUCUGCAACCAAUAACCUCCCACCGGCCAAUACGCUGUCACAGAGAGGGCCUCCUCAGGGUGCCGUCGGUCAAGCAAUGUCGGCUGGCGGCUCCCAGGGGGAGAGCCUUCUCUGUGGGGGCACCCACCCUCUGGAAUGAGCUCCCUCCCGGAAUACGACUGAUCCCAGACCUCUGUACUUUCCGUAAGGCCCUGAAGACUUUUUUAUUCCACCAAGCCGGCCUAGCCUAAAAGGUCUUAUGGGUUAGUUUUUUAAAUUGUAUAGAUGUGGGGUUUUAAAUUGCGAGGCCGAUUGAUUUAAUUGAUUUUAGUUAUUUUAACUUUUAUAUUAUAUGUAUCUUAAUUCCGGCUUAAUUCCUGAGUCCUUUGGGAGAAGGGUGGUAUAUAAAUUUAAAUAAAUAAAUAAAUAAAUAAAUAAAUAAAUAAAUAAAUAAAUAAUAAAACAGCCUGUGUUUCUUCCAAAUUCAUCCUGCUCACCAUGUGACGGCAGGUUCGCAAAAGUGCAGAUCUAAGCUGCACCUCAAAAGACAUAAAAUACAGGACUCAUGUAGGUCUUAAUUAAAAUACAGGAUACCACUUAUAAUGUAUUUAUAAAUAUAUCAAUAUGCAUGCACACGCGUGCACGCACACACACAUAUAAUGGACUUUUUAAAAAAUGUUUUGUGCUUUUUAUUCAAAGGUAACUGUUUUAUUAUACAGUUAUCUUCUCCUCCAACUCUUUGAAAUCCCUUCUACAAAACUUUAGCUAAGUUGAAGACAAAUGGAUGGACACAAUGGAGUUUAUAAACAUUUUGGAACCCUUCCCAAAGCAACUGUCUGGUUUCAUGAUUUGUCAGGCAGCAGUUUCAGUUCAGAACUUGGGAAUAAGCUGGUUAAGGGGGCUCUUUUUUGCCUUGUAGCGCACCAGGGUUGCUUGGCAUGUAAGAGAAGGUGAUAGGGAAGACCUUAUUGGCAUAGUUAAGUGGGAACAGAGCAGGGGUGAAAUUCAGCCAGUUCUAUCCGGCUCGGGCAAACUGGUAGCGGUGGCUGCAGGAGGCUGCGUCUACCUGCGCGGAUGUCAUGACGUUGCUUUUUUGCAACAUUUUAAGCCUCUGCGCAUUCGCACAUUUGCGAACCAAUAGGGAAGAUAAGUGAAUUUCACCCCUGGAACAGAGGCAGUGUUUAUAAAGAACAAUAGUUCCGUUCGACCUAAAUUGUUAAAUUUGUUUCAGUAAGGAAACUGCUUGUGGAAAAGAUUUCAACCAAGGGGUUGGUUGUGAGAUGAUUAGUGCUAUUUAUGGUAAGAAGGAUUCUUUUUAAAAUAUUUAUUUGGGUUUUGUUACAUAUUUUUUGAAUUCCACCCAAAAAGGAAACUGGACAAAUCCUCUCAUGAGCAUUUAACUCGGAGUUGGCUGAAAGUUUAGAUUUCUGGCCUUUUUUUUUUUAUUGCUUUUUUUGGCCUCUAAAAACCAUGAGAUGUAACAAUCUUGGCCUGGAAGAACUUUUUAAAGUUUCUGCUUUCAGGAGGUUUUUGAAGGUUGCAUGAAGAGAUAUGUAAAGUUUAUCCCCAAAGAAUUGAAGAAUCAUGCUUCUGAAUUUUAUUUUUUUUUGCUACUACAAUUGGAUUUACGGUAAAAAAAAAAAAUGGGGGAGGGGAUAGGGAAAUUAUGUAUGAUUUCUCAGUUGUGAAUUUACAGAGCUGAGAACCAAUUUGUUCCACGUCCAGGCGCUGCAAUCAAGAAUAACACCCUGCAAAAUGCUUUGUGUUGUUAUGAGGCAGUGUGUUAUUUUUCUUCUAAAAAUAAAAAGCCAGAGCCCAGCAACAUCUUUGAUUUGAAAGAGCACUGGGCACCUAACAAAUUUAUGCCUGGAUAUUUUUAUUGAAAUAAUGGACAUAAUGUUGGUAAGGUAAAACUGUAUAUAAAACAGGCAGUAAGUGGUUUGUAUUUUCACCAAUCCACCUGACUACAAUAUUUGAUAUAGCACUAUAUUAAAAGUUAGCCAUUCUUUAAUGAUGAGUCUCACAAGCCCAUCAUUGUAAAUUUAAAGCAUUUCUGACCAAAUUUCUAAAGUGUUUUGCUUUAUGAAGAAAUGGGUGUUCAUAAGAUUGCUUAAGAGUAUUUUAAAUCAUUUGUCUCAAUAGCUGAUUUCAAAAUAAAAAAAGCAAAUUUACCAAAAGUCUAAUUCAGGUCAUGCAAGGGUAUGGCCACAAUUCGUUCUUUCAAAAAAGCAGCCAGAUGUGUCUUGGGUUUCCCCCCCUUUUUUUAAAAACAUUGCCUUUUGUUUAAGCAGCUGUGUUCAUCCAUUUGCUUGGAUGCUUGGCAAAUCUUUUGGCCCAGAGCCUUGUUUCCUGAUUUAGGGACUCAGUGUGUGGUUUCCUCUCUGCUUACUUAAAAUAUGAAGAACAGAAUACGUUUUUAUAUUAAUGGUUGGAAGCAGAAACCAUUUGGAUGCUAAAGUCCCGAGAACAGCCGCAAGGAAGAGAAGUAAGGCUAGAUUUUAACUGGUAUAUUAACAUGUCCUUGUUCCUCCCAAAUUGGUGUUCUGGAAAUAGAAGGGUUUAUUUAUUUAUUUAUUAAAUUUGUAUACCACCCUUCUCCUGCUGGACUCAGGGCGGUGCACAGCCAAAAUUAAAAAACAUUCCAAUACAAAAUUUAAAUUUUUUUAAAAAAUUACACAACUUUGGCCCAAAAUUUAAAACAUCCCAACUAAAACCCAUAGACAAUUAAAAAUCUAACAUUUCAAAAAAAAAGGGGGGGGGUUCCUUUGUUCAGAAUGGGAUAACUCACUGCGGCCAGUUCACCACAGCUAAUUUGUCACAGGACAACUCGCCAUAGUCAACUUGCUGCAGGACAACUUGCCAUGCAACAAUUCAACAGUUCAAUUUAAUUAUUUUAAAUAAUUUAAAUUUUUGUUAUUCACAUUUCAUUUGGUCCCUCGUUUGGCAUCCUUUCUUUAAUGAUUCCAUCAUUUCUUCAAUAUUAGUGUAACUCAGCAAAGUGUCCCGUGGCAAAUUGGCCAUAGCGAGUUGGAUGCAGCGAGUUGGCUGCUGUGAGUUGUCUUAGACCCCCUUUGUUUAUGGAACAAAUAGGAAUCUAGGACAGGGGUCUCCAACCUUGGCAACUUUAAGAAUUGUGGACAUCAAUUCCCAGAAUUGAAGUCAACAAGUCUUAAAGUUGCCAAGAUUGGAAACCCCUGAUCUAGAAGAACAUUCCCCUUCCUCCCCUGAGGAAGAGUAGGAAAUUUUCAACAGUAAUGUUUUCUUCUACCCUCUCCACAUUACCCAGAUCCCCAGCUCACAGAUUUUGCAGAAAAAUAUUCUGUGUACAGUUGACCAGCAUUUGUGUUCACUCAUUUUAUGUGCUCAAGUUUCCAUUGUUCCUAUAAAAAGAUAUGAGUAAGAUCCAGUGGAAACAUGGAUGUCCAUUGAGAGGGACAGUUGUGGAAUUAUUGUCUUGAUUCACGUAACGUGUGUCCCUGAUGCAGGUAAAAAAGGUCAGGUCUUCCAUCACACAGUUGUGGCCACCAUCUUUACAUCCACUGCAUGGACAUCUCUGAAUGGGAAAACGUUGUGAUCAGGCAUAAGAUGCAGACUUUUCUACAACUUAGCUUCCAUGUUUUAUCUUAAAUCAACAGAGUCAGCAGCUGUGUCAGAAAGAAGAUGGAGGGAAGUCUUUUGUUUCUAGAGACCAAUUACAAGAUGGUUGUCUUUGACCCAUAAUUCAGUCUUAAGUACCAUUUUAGCAGUGAUGUGCAUUGUCAGUCUAUAGCUAUCCAUGCUCUGACAACUUGUUGCAAUACUGGCAACCCUGAGGGAGUGCAGAGGCAUUUUUUUCCUUUAUUCUUGUUGAAGAGCUGAUAUAUCAAGAAUAAACAAUUCAUGCCAAAUGUUGAGAUGUUUUCACACUAGCAUAUAUGCAAGCACACACCUGAAAGAGAUUUCAGGGUUCCUUUUUAAUACAUAUGGCUUUAUUGUAGGCCUUUGCAGGUAAACAUUAAAUUCAGAACAAUUUCCAUUUGCUUGAUUGCAGCCUUUUGGAGAUUGCAGCCUUUUGGAGAUGCUGAUGCAAAGCUUGAGGGAGCGUUCCUUUAAUUUCCAGUAUUACCACACAUUUUGGAGCCGAUUGUUCCGUUCUAUUCUCAGUUAUUUUAGGGUAGCGCAAGCAAUCUUAGAACUGAAAAAAGAUUCAGGAACAAAUUUAGAACACAAUAAGUGCUGCUUUGCUAUCUACAGAAUUUCCAUGGCAGUAAAGCUAUCAGUGUGUUGACCUUAGUUUAGAGGAUGCUGGUCAUAGCUGUGUUUCAUUGACAUCUGUGAGACACAUCGGUCAUGAUCCACAUGAGUCUCUCUGAUUUCAGGAGGACGUGAGUACAGUUAACUAGCCCAGGAUGGCCUCAGAUCUGUGGGUUUGUUACAAAUCAGCCCUUUUUCUAUGUAUGUGUAGUGUGAAUCACCCAUGCAUUAGUGUGAAGCAACCAUGCACCAUACUAUGUUCAUCAGUAUCCAAACUAUGUAGCAUGCUUCCUGAUCAAGUUAAGGAAUCCAUCAAUAAAAGUGGCUUCUGUGGAUGUUAUUUCCUUUCAGGGAUCAAGUGAAAAAGUAUAUAUUGUUUUUAAAUGUUCAGCAUGAUACGUUAAAGCAUAUCUGUAGAACAUAACCCACUUAGUUCAUUUGAGAAGUAGAGCUGAUUCGAUGAAUGAUAAUAUAAUUUCUGUGUUCCGAAGCAUGGCAUUCAUGGUUUCCUUUUCUAUGCUUUUUGCUGGAAUAUAUUUUUCCUACCCUGGGAUAUGCACUUGUAUUUCUGUAUUUACUGUUCUGAAAAUGACUUUAACUGUACUGACUAGUUUCCUAUGGGAUGAGCUCUUCCGUCCAUCAUUCACAUGAUAUGCAAAUUCUGUGAAAGUCUUAACAGUGUGAUUUGCAUUUUUAAAGCAGUACUGACUGUGUGAUCCUAGUGUGUGUUGGUAGUGGCCAUGUUGUUGUAAAGUGUAAGGGGAAAAAGCUACUUAAAUCUGAAUCCUUAGUGUUUGGUUUAUUAAAAGUAUUGAGACCUGCAUGUUAAUUAAACUGAUUAUUCCUCUCUACCCCAUUGCUAUGAUGAUGCACAAAUGAUGCAAUUGUUUUUACUUGUAUAGGGAACUUGCAUUCCAUGUUUGUCCACUUGUUUAAAAUUGCAACUUGUUAUUAUGAUCUGCCUGAAAAGUCUUCCUUCCUUCCUUCCUUCCUUCCUUCCUUCCUUCCUUCCUUCCUUCCUUCCUUCCUUCUUUCCUCCCCUCCCCUCCCCUCCCCUCCCCUCCUAUUGGUCUUUUCAUAGAAAAAUUGAUCCUGAAAAAAGGUCAUUUCUGUAAAUUCCUAUCCACAUGGUUUGUAUUAUCUUUCCUUAUCCUGCCCUGGAAAUAUGUUGGAAACCUACUUUCAGAAUUCUCAGCCAGCACACUAUUCAUCUUGCUGCUGGGAAUCUUGGAAACUGAAGUCCAAAACACAUGUGGAGAUUCCAUUUGGAAAAUAGCUGAUGUAUAAUUUUAUGUUAAACAGAUACAUUAAAAGUUAUUAUAUUGAAUUAUUUUUAUCAACUCAAUUUCAUGCAUCGAUGAAUUAGUAAAUAUCAACAGCUUGCAAGAUGGCUUUAAACAUGCUUAACCUUUUUUUUAUAUUAAACCCUAUGUUUCCUAGAUCUGUUUAAUUCCCCCCCCCCAAAGUGUUCAAAUUUGAUAUCAGAAUCAAAAUUAGAAAUGUUACAGUCGAUUGAGAUUAAAUCAUGCGCAUAGAUACUGACCAGGUGGAAAAUUUGGAUAUUGUCUUAUUGAUGUUUUUUUUCCUCAUGAUUUAUUUGUUUUAGCAGUGGAAUGGAGCCCACAUUUCUUUAAUGUAUAUUGAAGUGCAGUAUAAUAUAUGCAGACACUUAACAGCAACAUUGGUGAUUGGUUUUAAAAAGAGAGGUAGAAUCAGAGAGAGAACGGUGAACCUGUGAUCAUGUAUUUUUACAGUGCCAAACAUAUGAAAAAUAUUGUUUGAAGAAAAGUAAGAAUUUUUUUACUGUAUUACUGCUGAACAAAUGUUGUUUUUAAAUGUUGAAUUUUAAAUAAUUUUGUAUUGUAUACCAUUUUGUGACAUGGUACUUUUUCAUACUGGAAUAAUUGAUUGCACCUGAUCAUAAUUGUAUUUUUUCCUUUUAUGAAUACAUAAUUGUAACCCACUA